AUGGCGUCCAUUAUCAGUAUGCUGUUCAAUGCGACUGCAAAGCAGUUCUCCGUGGAGGGAAUUCUGGUCUUCCUGGUGGUUUUGGUGCUGGUGAAAUACCUGAGCGACGUUCGGCCCAGGAACUUCCCUCCCGGUCCCUUUCCUCUGCCUCUUAUAGGGAACGUGCUCAACAUCGACAUUCGCAAUCCAGUUGGGUCUUUUUCAAAGAUGCAUGAGAAGUAUGGAGAUGUAAGCACGAUUUACCUCUUGAGUGAGGCCUGUAUUCUGCUCUCUGGCUAUAAGAGUUUCAAAGAGGCGUUUGUGGAACAAGCGGAUAUCUUUGCUGAUCGGGCGUACUACCCGUUGAACAACAGGCUGUCCAGAGGACUGGGCUUGAUUUCCUCCAGUGGGCAUGCAUGGAGCCAGCAGAGGCGCUUUGCUAUAGCUGUGCUGAAGCACUUCGGGGCAGGGAAGAAAACCAUGGAGGAAUCCAUCCUGCAGGAGAGCCACUACCUGUGUGAAGCUCUGCAAGCACAACGAGGUUUGUCCUUUGACCCCGACCGUAUCCUCACCAACGCAGUGGCCAAUAUAAUCUGUAGCCUGGUGUUCGGCCGCAGGUUUGAUUAUGAUGACCAAAAGUUACAUCAGGUACUGAUGUAUUUCGAUGACGUAGUUCAGCUGCCUGCAAAUGCCUGGGGUCAGUUGUACAACCGCUUCCCCACCCUCAUGUCCUGGUUGCCAGGUAAACACCAGACUGCCUUCUCCAGCCUCGCAAAGAUUAAACACUUCAUCCAGGAGGAGAUCCAGAGACAUAAGCAAGACCGAAACCCCAGCAACCCCAGAGACUACAUCGACUGCUACCUGGAAGAAAUCGAGAAGUGUAAAGACAGCAGAGCCCAGUUCACUGAGGAGAACCUGGUGUUCUGUGUGGUGGAUCUGUUUGCAGCCGGCACAGAAACAACUUCCAACACACUUUUAUGGGCCUUACUCUACAUGGCCAAAUAUCCUGAGGUGCAAGAGAAAGUCCACGCUGAGGUUGAUCAGGUGAUAGGACGGGCUCGCCAGCCCGCGAUGACUGACAGGAAUCUGAUGCCCUACACCUACGCGGUUAUCCAUGAGGUUCUACGUGCUGCUAACGCCCUCAACAUCACUCCUCCCAGAGUGGCCAACAGAGACACUACAGUAGCAGGCUAUCUCAUUCCUAAGGGAGUGACCGUGUUCCCCAUGCUGAGGCCAAUCAUGCAGGACAAGAAUGAGUUCAGCACACCAGACCAGUUCAACCCUGGACACUUCCUGGACGAGAAUGGCAAAUUUCUGAAGAAAGAAAGUUUUAUCCCCUUUUCUAUAGGUAAGCGUACGUGUCCAGGUGAACAGAUGGUGCAUAUGGAGUUCUUCCUCUUCCUCACCUGCAUGAUGCAAAGCUUCAGCUUCCACGCCCCCGAGGGCCAGACUGUGGCGUUAGAGGGCAUUGUGGGCAUCACCACGGCCCCCAAACCCUUUCAGAUACGCGCCGUCCCGCGCUGAUGCCAACCUGCAAACUUUUUAAAAAAAAAAAAAGGGUCUGAUGUGUUUUCUCAUCAAUCCAUAUGUACUAACUGUUCUGCAAAAACAGCCCAUUUUAAAACCUUUUAACUUACUACAGUUUAGCAUCACCUAUUCAGACCUAACUUGUAAAGAGUGUUUCAGCACUGACUGCUUUCUGAGUGAGGGAGGGCUCAAACAACUCAGGUCAGUCAGAACAAAGAUUGUUUGUGCCUUUAAGACUUAAACGGGCAGCCUCUUUAUCCCUUAGAAUAGAGAGAUGCUGGUCAUGUAAAAUGAAUCACAGCUGUUUUUCAUACAUAAAUAUGCAUAAGAGUCAUUAAAUAGAAAAUUUAUGGUGUGCCUUUUAGCAGCAUACUUACUGUAAUGCCCUAUUUACACACAAGGUGGUGCCACAUCCUGACUAUUACAACUGUAAUGAGCAGCUGUGAAUGGUGGUUGUGAAAUAUCGUUCAAAUCAGUUUUAUUUCUAACCUAGUUUGCAUUAUUAAUCAAUAUCUUACAUUAUUAACAUUAGGUGUCAUAUAUACAUAAGCUUUAACAUUUUUUAGUAUUAAUAGGUCUACCUUUAUCAUAAAUUAGAAGGGGUAGAGGAUGGAGGAGAGCUUCUUUAGAUGUAAAAGCACCAGCACCAUGUACAGAGCAGUGACUCUCUAUAAUAAAAGUCUGUUAGGAGAUUUUAAAUUCUCUUCCAAAUUAGAGGCUUGCAAGUUAUUGGGUAAAGUGUGCUAGUGGACAGCAUCUGACUGGCCGAUGACUUUUCUCCAAUUGAAAAAGGACAAGUGGGUCACUAACAGACUGACUAAAACUUAGCACUAUUCUACUACUAUUCAUAUAGUAUAUAGCAUGGCUAUAAUAUAUAAUAACAUUAACCCAAUAGAGCUUUUUCAAGAGCAGCGUGGGCUUCGCUGGGCUCCACUAAGUAAUACAGGGUGAUUCAAAAAGAUUCACCCAAUUUUAUAACAAGUUUUUUACUUAUAAAUAAAUCUGUAAAUCAUUACAGAUCAGUGCAGUGAACUGUAAACGGUUUAAAUGAGCAUAAAGUUUAUUAUGUAGGUCUACAAGGUCUCAGUCUGAACCUCCUCCAGCUGUACGGACGACAUCAAUA